AGAGGAGGGGAACGGUUGCUACGCCCACCGGAAACGGUCUCUAAAGUGCCAGCAAAAAAUGAAAAGGAAGCGGACGUGCCAUCUUUUUUAUUGAGUUCAUUCCCUUAUUAUAUUAUAUAUAUAUAUUUUCGUGUAACGUAUGCGUUUUGAAUGCCACAAUCGUGCGGGUGAGGCUGCCGGUGGGCAUGACUGGACACGACGAAGCAGUGCGCGGACUGAGCGGGAGACUUCGCAACGGCCCAGAGGAGACGGUGUGAAGGCAAAGCGGUCCUGCAUCCUAUCAAUGAGCUAGCGACACCACGACCAUGGAGGUCUACCAUGAGUCCACCUAAGCAGUGUGGCCGCUGAGCUCCUACCACCGUAGAACAACAGCUCCAUCAUGCCCGACCGGCGGUGCUCCAUGAGGCUCUCGGUUGCCUGAUUAACGUUACAGGCCUGCUUUUUCCAUUUGGAAGGUUCUUGGCAGGGGAAAGCAGGCCGGCUAGCAGCGCUAGCGUUUGCCUUUUCCGCGCUGCAUCUCCGGGCUUUGGCCGUGCGGAUUGUCCCAUGCCCACACCCGCAACACUGUCGUCCAGCAGCUCGGGGACUCUUUUACACUCCAGAAAGUAUUUCAUGGGAUUCCUAUCGGGAAAGGAGACGCCGGCCUAAGCCAAAAUGGUGAACUGGAGGCGGCUGCUGCGAAUGUCCAACCGAUCGUUUCUGGCCUUCAUAUUCUUCUUCUCCAUGUCCACCACUUGUCUCUACUUCAUUUACGUGGCUCCUGGAAUAGCCAACACCUACUUCUUCAUGGUGCAAGCUCAGGGCAUCAUGUUGAGGGACAACGUGAGGACCAUCGGCCAGAUGAUUCGAUUGUACACCAACAAGAACAGCACGCUCAACGGGACAGACUACCCUGACGGCAGUAACUCCAGUGAAUACCUGGUGCAGCCAACCACGUACCUCCCUGAGAACUUCACCUACGGCCAGAACGUGCCCUGCCCCGAGCGCCUGCCUUCUAUGAAGGGCCUCAUGGAGGUGAACAUGACAGAGAUCCCUAUGGAGGAGAUAGAACUGAAGUUUUCCAAGUUUUUUAACAUUGACUUUGGAGGCCACUGGAAACCAAAGGACUGUAGACCUCGCUGGAAGGUAGCAUUCCUGAUUCCAUUUAGAAACCGCCAUGAACAUCUGCCCAUCCUCUUCCAACACCUCAUCCCCAUGCUGCAGAGACAGCGGCUGCAGUUUGCCUUCUACGUCGUCGAACAGAGUGGCAGCCAGCCCUUCAACAGAGCCAUGCUCUUCAACGUGGGCUUCCUGGAGGCCAUGAAGGACCUGGACUGGGACUGCCUGGUCUUCCAUGACGUGGACCACAUCCCUGAGAACGACCGAAACUACUACGGCUGUGGUCAGAUGCCGCGCCACUUUGCUGCCAAGCUGGACAAAUACAUGUACAUUCUACCAUACAGCGAGUUCUUUGGUGGUGUGAGCGGUCUCACUGUGGAGCAGUUCCGCAAGAUCAAUGGCUUUCCCAAUGCAUUCUGGGGCUGGGGAGGAGAGGAUGAUGACUUGUGGAACAGGGUUCACUAUGCCGGCCUGAAUGUCACCAGACCAGAGGGAGAGAUCGGCAAGUACAAGUCCAUUCCUCACCACCACAGAGGAGAGGUGCAGUUCCUCGGGAGGUAUAAACUGCUGCGGUACUCCAAAGAGCGGCAACACCUGGACGGCCUCAACAACCUCCACUACAGCCCCCACACGUCCCUCAGCAGCCUCUACAAGAACAUCUCUGUGGAGCUGAGCCCCGAGCUCGCCCCCAUCGCAGACUACUGAGCCCCUCCUCCCCACCCCCACCAAAGGCUGCCAAGAGGUCCUAGUGAGGGGGGGGGUGAGUGUGUGUGCGUGAGUUGCUGCAUGUCUUAUCUGCUACAAGUUGACCUGGCUGGUCUGAGGCUGGAGGAGCCGCAGCGUCUCGGCUCUGAUGUUUGCUGCAAAGCCUUAACGUGGCGGAACCACAGCUCCCACUUUCUAUCGUUUGUCUCUCACGCGUCACCUGGACACGCCACAACAUCCUUUUUUUAGAAAAGGGGGAUCUGAGCGAGGUUGUCUUUAAUGUUUGUGAUGUACAUUUUCUUUUGUUUUCUACGUGGUAUUUAUCGAGGUGUUCCAAGGAGCACUUGUGUUCGCUGCUUGUUUUUUGCUGCACUGCUGCUGAAUCCGCAUGAACAUGUAUGUAAAUAUGGGCCUCGUACACAGAACUCAAAUAUGUAAAUAUGGGCCUUCAACUGCUCGGGGCGUUUAACAGUGAUAUUCCAGUGGGUUUGUUUUUUAUUUUGGCAGCUACCUUUGUUCUAAGGAUUUAAUAAGAGUGAGUGGUUCCCUCCUAACUGGUAGAUAUUCUAACAAAAUAUAUAUAUAUAUAUAUAUAUAUAAAAAACUAGAAUUAUCCAAAACUUAAGAUUUGACAUUAUCUUUUGCAUGCCUUAAUUUAUUUUUGUUUACCAGAUUUAGUUAUUUUCAAACCUAAGUUAUUUCAUCAGUUAGGUGUGUAAAUGCUUAAUUUAGCCUCUCGUGCUUUAUCUUUUCUUCUUUUGAAGUGCACUGUGUGAAAUGAGUAGAGCUGCUCCUCUGAAGGAAGUAGGCGUGGCCAAGGCUCAUGUGAAACUUUUUAUUGUCAGAUCAUUUUUUAUAGUUGUUUUUUAUUUUGAUGCUUUAGUGCUGGAUCAUGUGAUAAGCUGUUCAUUGUACUGUACCACGUGGGGGUUUGGGAUGGAUGGAUGCUGUGAGUCAGAAGAGCCAGAAUGAGAGAACUGCUGUUCUUGAAUGGCACACGCUGUGAAAAGUUUCAUUUUUGUCAAGCUUUGAGCACCAUAAGGAUGAACCAGACGUCGUGGUGUUCACCGUGUAGUGUGUCCUGUGAGCGUCUUCCACCCAUCAUCCAUCAGAGGCCCUUACGCUUUGCCAAUAAGGGUUGGUGUCCAAAAAACUCCCCCCCACGUGGGGACCUCUCUAUGAGGUCCAUUGAUCCGCUGUUGUAGAACUUUAGAUCACAUGGUCCUGCUUGUGCAAUGGGUUCGUUUCGGACUGGACCUUCUUCAGAGGUGAAACAAUUUGUCAAUCAAUAGUGAAUAUUUAUGUACUGGAUUAGUUUAAAGGAACACUCACCGUGGGUUACUCAGAGGCCUUGUUUUUCAUUUACUACAUAGUGACGAAGAACCCAAAGAUGUUUGAGGCAUGUUGAAAAACACGGAACGAUAGCGUCCGUUCACACACUACGUCUACGAGUCCUUCUCAAACAGGACAGAGCAACGAGUUCUGCUGUUUGAGGAGCCUCCUCCGCCCUGCAGGGGGUCGUCACACCACCACGAGGCUGGAAACCCGCUCAGCGCUGUGUGGAAGCCCAUCUGACAGCAGAUAGGAAGCGUUACAUGUCACCUCUUCUCUCAAACCCCUCGCAGCAGCGGUUGUCAUAGCAACCUGUGUGUUGAUCAUAUGCUGCGGAGGGUUCCUGAGAGAUGGCUCAUGAAUAAGUAUUGGUCAUUUCCCUCGUUGUUGACCUUUUUAUUUUCACUGUACCAACCGAAACUCUUUUAAAACAAUAUUAUGUAAGAUAAUAUUACAUAUUACAUUGGCUCUGAUAUUUCUAACCUAAUCUCUAUUUUGGUCCCAAAUUUCUGACCUGCAAGUGACAUCAUUGGUGCAGAGAUGCAUUCUGAUGAAAGUGUUGAGCUAACGACACGCUGGCAUUUAGCUUUGAAUGCAGUGUCUAAUGUUGACCACAGUGUUAUUUGCGUGUUUUUAGAAUUCCAAAAUCGGUGUGAUGCAGACAUGGCUCCGCACAGCUGUCAAUCAUCGGUGCACCACUACCAGUUUUUGUGUUUUGGCAUUUUCAAAGAAAAUAAAAAGCCUCGGUGAGCUGCUUCCCAGCACGAGGAGGUGGAUCAACCCGUUCUUCCCAGGAAUAUUACAGUGUAUCAGAGCCUUUAAGACAAUUAUAUUCCAUUGUGCAGUAUUUGUUUGUGCCUUGAGUUCUUUUCUUUCUUUUCAUUUUACAUUGUGACUGAAAAGAUUACAGACCUUCUCCUCGUUGUAUCGAGUCUGAAUGAGUGAAGCGAGACUCACUGAUCUGAUGGUGCGUACGGCUGCACCAUGAAUGCUGGAGGCUAUUGAGGUUUCAUUUCCUUUCAAGAAAAAUCACGUCACUGCCCUCCGAAAAUACAAGCACCCCUCCUUCUGUCAUCUUCAAACACAGCUUACUGAAGCUUUGAGGCUUUAUCGUGUCCUGUAGCCUUCAGUGUGCAUGGCCCAGGAUACGUACACACAAAUGGACAAAACAAUGACUUUGUUAGUGUGCAUGAUGACCAGAGCAGGCGGGUCAGUGAGCAGCCUGAUGUAGUCCAUGAUGGUGAUCAUCAUCUGGGUCCCACUGCUUUACAUCACAUGCAUUAUCACACCAUUGUAAGAUGUGGAUUAGAAGUGAUAGAGAGCAGGUUGAGGCAGUGUAUAUCCAGCGGCUGGGUCACUGUCCUUUAAGAACCACAGUAUUGGGAGUUCUGUGGCCUCCAUCUGCUGAUGGGGUUUCUUCAUCGCAGGGCGGCGGAUCAUCUGUGAUGGUAUUGCUGUAUUUGGUAAGCAACAACUAGAACUCGAGUCAUAGACAUACCACAGGUUUAAAUGAAUUGGCAAAGCCAUUCCACAGCAAUGUCCUUCAGUGGAGCUGCUUGACCUUUGGGUUCAUCAAACUUUCCUUUGUGGACCUGACCCUGAAGUGACAAGCCGGGAACAAGUAGUCCCAAAAGGUUUCAGAUGUGAUUUAGACGCAAGGUGGCCUUUGCAUUGGUUGGCUGCCAGAGUGGUGACGAGUUUUAGCUGUUAAGUGGCUCAACGUAGUUUGGUCACAAAGUAAAAAUAAAUGUAUUUAUGUAAAAAGAAUACCUGUCGACAUGUUUUAUCAAACAUCAGCAGACACUGUAGAUGUGAGACUCU